ACCAAGCCACGUCAUGACCGCACUCUAACAUCCCCUUUCCCGUUUUGAUCCCUCUUUUCCCCCAAAAAUUUCAUAAAACGAUUUUCAUUAUUAGAUUCUUUUCGGAUCGAUCUUCAUCUUCUUCGCAACCAUAAAUUUAGGGUUUCCAGCUCGUUCGAUCGCUCGAUUUCUGAUCAUUUUUUAUUCCUUCAUCACUCAUUUGCUGAACAAGGAGAAUGAAAGCAAGGGUGUCUUCUUUGAAUCCAUUUGCUACUUCAUACAUUCCACUCUCUAGAAGAGGGACAACUGAUGAAAGCAAAGGCUAUGAUCCUGGGAAUACCACACUAAACCAGUCCCUGGGAUAUUUUGAGAAUCAGGAUACUUCUGCUGCUUUGCCUGAGAGUUCUGAGAGCUUGAAACUGAAGAGUCAUUCUGGGUUUGAGUCUUUUGAGUCUUAUGGUUCAUCAUCACAUAGUGCAGAGUUAGCUGGAAAACAAGCCCUGGAUGUUGAUCAUGACAUGAAUUUGGCAUAUCUUCAGAUGAAUUUUCCUGGUGUAUCUCAUGAGUCUCUUUCCAGCGUCUAUACAGCAUGUGGAGGUGAUAUGGAAGCCACAAUUGAAAUGCUAAAUCAACUUGAGUUGCACAGUGAUGAUUUUACUGAGAAUCUUCCAGACUCGUUAGACAUUGGUGAUGUUUCAGAAGCUGGAUCAUCUAGUGAGGGUGGGUCUCAGAAAUUGAAGAAGGUGGCUGUUGCUGACAGCAGUUGGUUGAACCAAACACCCCCUGGCAAGUAAAAUGCUGCAACUACUUUGCUUUCUGUGUAUAUUUCAUGUGAAUUUCGGGCAAAUUCUCCUCAGUUGUACAAGUAGAGAGCACAUAGAGUUGUUUUGACUGUUGUAAAGAUUGGGGAACUGCUUCCUAUGUUGAAAGUUGUUUUUGGUAUUCUGAUGGUGGUUAACAGUAAAGUGUGCUGUUAUCAUUCACAUUGAAGCUGGUUUCAAUACCCUUAUAAUCGGUUUUGGCAGGUAGUAUGCGUGAUUGAAAUCGAAUUUGAUUUGUGUUACUACUCUACUUGUCAAUUCAGAGUUUGGUUAUUGAAUUGUUAAUAUUUCAUGCUCGAGUGUUUAAACCUUCUUUUCUUCUCUAUGAAACAAUUCACCAGUUCCAAAUA